AGCCUAAAGUUGUUAGGGGUGGGGAAUACAAGUAUCAGUGAAUACCAGUUCUAGAAUGAGACAACACAUGCGCAAAGUAAGUAUGAGUAUGCGCGUGUAUAGAGAGAGCGAGACUUGAAUAUAAAUACCAAAUGUUUGUAUUGUUGACCGUCACUUUCAUUUCAAACUCGAAAGAUUCAACAUCUCAAGUAUCUUUUUUCCCUCUCUUGAUAAAAUCAAAUAUGCUUAACGCAAGUAACAAUUUAGAUACUUAUGCUUCUGAGCAAGCUCGAUACGAAAGCUUUUUCAGAUCAACAUGGGGAACGGAGAUUUCAUAUCGAACAGAACUAGCGCGUGAUGGUUUUUACUAUACAGGAAUAUCCCGUCAAGUUAAAUGUUUUUUCUGUGGAUAUAUCUACCACGCCUCCUUCUUACAAGAUCUACACUGGAUUGAACAUUGUCUUCAUUCAUCAGAUUGUCCUUUCAUACAAGGUCUACCCUGUGGUAACAUACCAAGAGCUGUAUCAACUGUUGUUCUACAAGAAAAUACUCCACUAACGGUCAUGGUCAACUAUGAUAGCCAGGAAUCAAGGGUAGUUCAGAAUGACCAUACUGUUCAAUCCGAAGACAACGUUGCAGAAAAUCGAGUUAUAGUAAUAAACCAAAUUGAAGGAGAAGAUGUAGUUGAUGACUACCCAAGGACAGAGAAUAAUGAUCUGACAGCUGAAAUAUCUAAUAUGGUUUCAGAAAAUGAAAACUCUAACGAUCUUCCAGUAAUUGAAAGAACCAACCGUCGAUUUCCUAGAGUAUCUAGACGUACAACAAGAAAUAGGUUAAUAACAUUUUCAGAAUCAUCUAAUCGAAGACGUUAUUUUCAACCAGUGAACCUACAGUUCAGAUCAUUGCACGCGCGACUUGAAAGUUUCUCAAACUGGCCCAUUCAUGAUACGAUUUCAUCGGAAGAACUUGCUGAGGCUGGAUUCUUUUAUACCAGAAUAUAUGAUCAUACUAGGUGUUUCAAUUGCAAUGGGACUAUAUCAAACUGGGAGAGAGGAGAUAAUGCAUGGGCAGUCCACGCAUAUUACUUCCCUAGAUGCUCUUAUCUAUAUUUGAAGCGGGGACAGAUGUUUGUAGAUAAUAUUAAUUCUCCAAAAGAUACAGCUUCCCCUUUAACAGAAGUCCCACAAGCAUCGGAUGAUAAGGAUAGAUACACUUGCAAAAUAUGCCUCGAUAAAGAAAUAGGCACAGUGUUCGCCCCAUGUGAUCUCCUGCACUGA